AUGGGGGAGCAAGGCAGGUCAAGCAGCAACAAGAUCAGAGACAUUGUGAGGCUGCAACAACUUCUGAAGAAGUGGAAGCGGCUUGCACUCUCACCAAAAGCCGGCAAGAGCAGCAGCAACCAUGGUGUUCCAAAGGGUUUCUUUGCAGUGUGCGUCGGCAUGGAGAUGAAGAGGUUUGUGAUCCCCACGGAGUACCUAGGCCACUGGGCAUUUGAGGAGCUCCUGAAGGAGGCAGAGGAGGAAUUCGGGUUCCAGCAUGAGGGGGCUCUGAGGAUCCCCUGUGAUGUGAAGGUGUUUGAGGGCAUCCUGAGGCUGGUGGGCAGGAAGGAGGAGGCGGUGUGCUACUGUUAUUCACAGCCUGGGAUCUUAUGCAGAUGA